AUGGAAAGCAAAGCAGAGCCGGUGAAGAAAGAGGAAGGUCUGCAACAAAAGCAGCGGCAGCAGCUGCAACAAAAGCGGAGGGAUCUGCCAAGAGCAAAACUAAAGACAGUGUUGCUAGGCAAGGUGGUGUCAAAAGUUCAAGCGGCGACAAGCGGUGGAGCCAGAGCUAAGACGUCAGGAGUGCCUGUUGUGGUGGAAGAGAAAAAGCCGGUUGAGGUGAAGGUCGCCGCGUCUAAGAGCGGCACUCUGGAGGCUGCCGCCAAACCUGAAGAACCGCCAGCGCCGAAACCAGAGGAGAAGAAACUAGAGAAGAAAUCCACUUUUGGCAACAUGUUCAAACCCAAGGUUGUGCUCGGCCAGGUGAGCAGCAGGAUCCAGGCCGCGGCGUCCAGCGCUGCCGCCAGCAUCUCCCUCAUGACGGCUGCAGCGGCGCCGGAGGCCAAGAAGGAGACUCCAGCUGCUCCUCCCGCGGCAGAAGCCGCUCCACCCGCGAAGGCCAAAGAGGAGCCGAAACCCGCCGCUCCCGCACCGCAAGCGGCCCCGGACAACAAAUCGCUCGACAGCACGGAUAACGCCUCCCCUAACAUGCCCCGCAAGCUGGAGAAGAGGAACUCCCUCCAGCUGUUCUUCAAAAACCUGGGCCAAAAACGCCAUUCUGAUGCCGGAGUGCAAACGGACCCCGUGGCCCCCGAGAAGGCCAAAUAAAAACCCCGCCUUUGUUUCGAUCCGCUCACCUGCGCCGAAACCAAAGGCAGCCGUGCGCGUAAGAACGUAUUUACCAAAGUUCGAGGUGACCCGCGAAGUUGAAGUAACUAUCAAAUAAUAAUCUGAAACCCCACGCAUUUUAGUGAGAGCAGAAGUAAGUGUGACGAUUUCCCUGUUAAGCAAGUGCUUCGAGUGUUUAUGCCCGGAGGGAGGAACUUGGGCUGUUUUUCGCGUGGUUCGGCGUGCGUGGGAAAAGCGAAAGUGAAAAUGUAAUCCUGCGUUUGAGAUAAACUCCCUUUUUUUUAUGUGCGUGUUAAAAUGUUAACUACACUAACGCUACUCGUACGGCAUCGCAGUUUAGAUUUUAAAGCCGAUGCUUUGACAAGGACAGAGCGGGCGUCAUGCGUUUGCAUGAGGAUUUAUUUACGUGAUCGUACACCUGAUUGUGAAUACAAUUCAUUCAAUUCGAUUUGAAAUGCGCUUGAAGUGCAAAACUUCUUUAUCGCUUCAAUGGAUCCAUAGAAAUCACAAGUAUUUAUUUAAAAACAUCAAUCAAAUUGAGCACCACAUGUUAUACCUAUUUAAGGUCAAACCCUAAAAUAAAAUACAAAAAAAAUAUAUAUAUAUAUUUCCAAGAUUGUUUAUUAAUCAUGACUUACUGACUAAACCACAUUGCAAUUGUUGUCUUAUUAUUUGCUUGGCCGUCCAUUUCUGACCAGGGAAGACUAAAAAGAUUAGUUAAACGUUUUAUUUUGUCUCUUGAACACAUCAGUUGUUAUUAGAACGGUAUGGAAUAAAUAUGUGGUAUGCGAGUAUGCAAUAUACGAUGUACAUUCGACCCCGCUGCAGUCGCAUGUGUUUUAUGAUUUUCUUCCUGAUUGUCUCUGCAUCUGUAAAGAGUAGGUGGGCCUAAUUCAGACUGUAUCCAUGAAUCUUAGACUUUCUGUGUUUCCCUUGUUGCAUUUUUGUCUAUUUAACCGAUUUAUAAAAAUAAAAGAAUCAUUUUUCUCCUCUGUAAAA